UCCCUUCUGGCCCACCCAGCCAAGUUUCUAUCGACGCUUCUUAGACAAGAAUCGUGUAGGCCCAGUGAUCCGCUCCGCCUCGCUCGCCCACCUCGCCGUCCCAUGCCGCCGCCGGCGAGGAGCCCGGCCUCGGGUCCACGGCGGCGGGCCCUCCUCCUCCCUCUCCUCCUGCUACCCCUUUUGCUGCUGCUCAUCAACCUGAUCUCCUCGCCCUCUCCUCGGUCCCUCCCCGCGCCCGGCAAGCCCUCUCAGGCCUGCGACUACUCCGCCGGCGAGUGGGUGCGCGACGCCUCCCCGGGGCCCGCGCUCCGGUACGACCACACCUGCAAGGAGAUCUUCAAGGGGUGGAACUGCAUCGCCAACGGCAAGGCCAACGGCCGCGACCUGCUCCGGUGGCGGUGGAGGCCCUCCGGGGCCGGGUGCGAGCUGCCGCGGCUCGACCCGCUUCGGUUCCUGGAGCGCCACAGGGACUCCAGUAUUGGAUUUGUGGGCGAUUCAUUGAAUCGCAACAUGUUUGUCUCAUUAGUAUGCAUGCUCAGGGGAGUCAGCAGUGAGGUUUGCAAGUGGCGUCCUGCAGGGGCAGACCGUGGUUUCACCUUCCUCCACUAUAACCUCACCGUGGCUUACCACAGGACAAAUCUUUUGGUACGCCAUGGUAGGUGGUCAGCCAGUCCGAAUGGAGGCCCUCUAGAAUCCCUUGGAUAUAAGCAAGGUUACAGAGUUGAUGUUGAUAUUCCUGACCAAACAUGGGUAGAGGCAUGUAGCUUCCAUGAUGUUCUUAUUUUCAACACUGGGCAUUGGUGGUGGGCACCCUCGAAGUUCGAUCCAAUAGAAUCACCGAUGCUGUUCUUUGAGAACGGGAAGCCUGUUGUACCUCCUUUACUGCCAUCUGCCGGACUGGAUUUGGCUCUUCAACACAUGAUAACAUUCGUGAACAAAGCAAUGAGACCAAAUGCGCUGAAAUUCUUCCGCACACAAUCUCCUAGACAUUUUGAAGGUGGUGACUGGAAUGAAGGUGGAUCUUGUCAACGUAACCAGCCCUUGUCCUCAGAAGAGGUGGAAGAAUUUUUCUCUUUGGACAAUAAUGGCACGAAUAUGGAAGCACGCUUGGUAAACAAACACUUGAUGAAGGCUCUUGAACAGUCUACUUUCAGAGUUUUGGACAUCACUCGCAUGAGUGAAUUCAGGGCUGAUGCUCAUCCUUCAACCACUGGCGGCAAAAAGCACGACGAUUGCAUGCAUUGGUGCCUGCCUGGAUUAACCGAUACAUGGAACGAUUUGCUAGCAGUAAAUCUUGAAGCAGUUGAGAGCUAGUCUAAGGAAAGUUGAGAUGUUGCCGUAGAAAUAGAGAAGUUCUUCCCCCUAGGGCAUGAAUAGGAAGCAUUCAUCUGUACAAUAGUUUACGCAGAAUACCGAGUUGGUAUUCACUGCAGCUUGUUCACACAAGCGAGAGCAUUCUUUCCACUGAUAUCCCGGACCCUGUAAAUUUAAUAACCUUAUCGAGGAGUUUUGCUAAUAUACAAAUGCUAAAAUAGGCUAAGUUUGUGUUGUUCUUGUGAACACUUUUUCUUGGCAGCUGAAAGCGUAAACCUGCUGAAAUAUGAGAGGAGUUCAUCCCCA